UUAUUUGACUUAAUUACAAUUUUUUAUUUAACACAAAAAUUUACUUUGUAACAAAAAGCAUUUAUUUUUAAAAUGUCCUCGUAAUUUCCUCGUAAAUUUGGAUAAAAAUAUUUCCAAUUGCCCACCAGUGCUGCCCAUUCAGAAUCAUCCGACCAGUGCUGCCAGAAAACUUUCGAUACCAGUACUCGAUACUUUUUGUUGUAGUUGUACAUUUUUCGCCAAAAAUAAUAAUAAAAAGUGAAAAAUUUUUUUUGUUAAUACACUUUUUUUGUUGUACAAAGAAAAAAUGUUAUUAAACUGAUUGGCCGCCCAGCAUCGUCGUCGGAUUUUCGUCCCCCACCUCCAAAAGGAAUAAGAACGGCCGCCAGGAACGACAAAAGUGCAAUAAUAAAUACGUGCUAGUGCUAGCGCUGCGCCUUCUCUCGCUUUAACCGCCAAACGCCUCCUCCGCCACUAACCCGCUCCAAAAAACGAUAAACCGCAACACGCCAAGCCAAGCAAAAAAUAACUCAUCCCCCCAGGAAGAGGAAGUGAAAUGAUAAAGUCUACCACGAACCCACAGGAACAGCGUUUGCCACGCCCCGAGGAUCAGGAUCUGGAUCAGCAGCACCAGCAUCAGCCACAGCCACCACCCCCUACCACCACCACCACCAUCACCACCACUUCCGCAUCCUCCCCCACAGCUGCCACGCCCACAAGUCACCAAUCAACCGCCGCCAUGGAUACACUGAAAACCGCCUUUCUGCCCAAUCUCAGCAUGGAUCCCAAUGUGCACGUCAACCCGCACUACUGUCCCAUGUGCCACCAGCAGUUCGAGCGGGCCCAACACGCCGCGGAACACAUGCAGCUGUGCCACGGGAUAACGAUAAACGCCCAAGGAGCCAUCACCACGCUGGAGGCUGCCCAGCAGCAUCAGCAACAACAGCAACAGCAACUAAAGCCUCCCACUCAUGCGUGCUUUAACUGUGAUGAGAAAUUCGGUAACGCCGUGGAGCUGGACGAACACCAUCGACUGGCCCACCAGGCGUCCGCCUUUCUGGCCCGCUGCCUAGUGUGUAGCAUCUACUGCGUCCACUCGGCCACGCCACAACCCAAUGAAUACAAGUGCGGGCAGUGCGGAUCCGUGUGCACCACUGCGAUGCUGGCUGCCGGACAGCAGAGCUUUAUGGAACAGCAGGAGGCACAGGUGACGCCGGACGAACAGCUACCGGCGAUGGCGCCGCGUGAUAUGAGACUGACGCCCGAGGAGCAGCACCAUCAACAACAGCUGCAGGCGGAGCACCACCACCAGCAACAUCACCAACAGCAGCAGCAGGAACUGCUGGAUCAACAGCAACGGGAACUGCAGGAGCAGGCCCAACUGCAACACCACCAGGACCAGGAUCUCGCCGGCGACCAGGUGGCGCUGAAGGUGCCUCCGCUCACAGUUAAGCUGAAUAAGAAUGCCAAUGGUGCCGCUAUCGUAGCCCAUCCGCAGGUGAUCAUCAAAGAGGAGCCGCUUAGUCUGAGCGACAGUGGGGAUGUGGUGAACGCCGUGCCCGUUUAUGCCAUACAAGCGAAUCCAGGUGUUACGGCGCCAACUACCUCCAGCGUUCUCGUGGGCACACAAACGGUGCCCGCCGACCUGGCGCACAAGAUCCGGCACAAAUGUCCGGACUGCCCGAAGACCUUCAAGACGCCCGGCACCCUGGCCAUGCACCGAAAGAUACACACAGGCGAAGCAGACGCCACGCCCAAAGAACGCCCCUACACGUGCUCCUACUGCGGCAAGUCCUUCACUCAAUCGAAUACACUAAAACAGCACACUCGCAUACAUACAGGUGAGAAACCAUUUAGAUGUGGCUAUUGUGGCAGGGCGUUCACUGUUAAGGAUUACCUGAACAAACAUUUAACGACUCACACGGGAGAGAAACCGUUCCAUUGCGGCUACUGUGAGAAGUCCUUCAGCGUGAAGGACUACCUAACCAAGCAUAUACGGACACACACCGGCGAAAAGCCGUACACCUGUCCGUAUUGCGAUAAGCGCUUCACCCAGCGCAGUGCACUCACCGUGCACACAACCAAGCUGCAUCCGCUCUAGGGCAGGCCGUUUGGUGGCCGCCAGAUUCUCGUCGAUGCUCCUCCAGCGGCUCCAGCGGAUUCCAGCGAAGCUGACGUUAAAGCCAACGCCAAAGCAACCGUAAGCGAAGUCCAAGCCAACGCCGAUGCCGAUUCCAAUCCAAAGAAGCCGGAAAGGAGCACCAACGGGAGUGGAACCGGAAACAGCAACCAAAAUGAAAGACCUUUUCAAAGACGAGACACACACUCACUUGAAGUUAACUGAAAAAUAAAAAAAAAUAAUAAGAAAGAAGAAACUGAAGCGGAUGCAACGCAAUCAACGACUGGCAAAUCUCUUCACAGUGCUGCUAGAUAUUAAAUUAGAUUUUCAUUUCGGUAUAACAGACGCAAAAUCAAAAUGUUUUACUAAACUAGCGUACUAGCGUACCGUUCUUAGUAUGUUUAAGUUAAAUGCAAACGAUUUUUGACUUUUGAUUAUUAUUAUUUGGUUAUGUAGAUGUUUUGCAAUUUUAUUUUUAUACACAACCCUAUGUAUAUCGUAUAUUAUAUAUUUUGUUAUUCUAUGAGAUUUUAUGGUGAAUCCUUAGCGCACACUCACACGCGCCACGGACUAUACACACAUACACGCAACACACACACACCCAAGCACACAACAAACAUUUAAUAUUUAUACAAAAAAAAAAACUAAAGGCAACUAUCUUUUAAUCCUACAAUGUGGCAAUAUUAAUUUUAUUAUUCUUGAAAAUUGUUUUUAUAUAUUAUUUGUAAAGAGAUAGAAAAACAGAAUUAAGAAAGCAAGGUAAAAAACUCAUGUCUACGCGCAAACUUAAAUUAUUUUUUAAAUUAUAUACAUUUAUAUUAUUUGAACUCAAAACAACACAAAAUUAUUUAUUUACAAACAAACAAAAACAACAAAAAAAUAUUUUCGAAAUUUUAACUCAAAGUGAAAAAUGGUGAUUUCUGAAUAAUUUGCACACGAGCAGGAUCUCGUUUGUUUUGGCUUUAAACAAAUUAUUUACUUUUAAUUAACUAAAUGAUUUAAUCAUUUUAGCUUGUUUUUAUUGAAGAAUGUUAACCUUUGUUUAUUUUUUAAAUUAUUUAAGUUAAAAGCGCUGCUUUUGUUUGUUACACUAAACUUAACAGUGAGAUUGUAUAAAACUAAAAACUAAAACUAAAAAACUGAAUACGAAAAAGAGAAAAACCACAAAAAUAACUAAGAAAUUAAUUUUACAAAAUUUGCAUUUUUUUAACGCAAGACAAAAAGUAUUUAAGGAAAAUUAUAAUGAGAAAUCUACGCUAAACGCAACACAGCUUUACGCGCCAAACUAGAAGAUUAACAUAACAAUCUAUUGAUAAUUGAUAAUUUUUGAUAACUAUAACGAUAAAGAAUUGUUUUUGUAAUGUAUAUAAAAUAUUGAUUCUAAACUUUUGACUAUUACUUAAAAAAAAGAACGUCGUUUUUUAAAACCGAGCAACAAAGCGAUUACUUGCAAGAGUUGUACGUACUAAACCAACUAAAACUUAAACUAAAACUGUAGCAAAACCAAAACCAUGUACAUUUUUAUAACAUAGUGUUAUAUAAUUAUAAAGUAUACAAAUAUGUAAACCUGUAUGUAAUAAUGAUGCAUAAUACACUCAAACAAAUUGUCUACCUAAACGGCACAUAGCACAGCAACAAACGAUGCGCAGCGCAUGUAAAACCAAAAUAAAUUCUAAGUACUAAAAUAUUGUAAUUUCUUAAGUUUUAAAUAAACCGAAAUGAGUUGACGAUCAAAAGCAACAGGCAAAAAAAACCAAACUCCGCAUAAAAUCGAAAGCUUAACUAACCGCAACACUAAAUGAAUACAUAUGAUAAAAUGCAGCGCUAAGUGAUUACGAAUGAAUGGCCGCAUCACGAAACUAAUCAUACGUACUAAAUACUGACUAACUAUUAGAUCUUAUCCACGAAGCCAGACAACAGACACACAGACAUUGAAUACACGAUUGCAAAAAGUGAGUAACUAGAACGUAAUGUGUAAUUAAAGCGAAAUAAAUUAAUAUACUUGAAUAGAUAUUACGAUUAUGUAUGUAUGUAUUUGCAAUCUAAAUUUACGAGACAAAAUUAGCAAAUAUUCGAGCAAUAAUUCAAUUUAAUAUAUAAACGGAACUAUAUAUACAAAAUAAAGUCCAACCAUGUAGAAAGAUUAUAUAUGAAA